GGGGUCUGCAGCAUCUCCCAGAGGCAGAAGCUCCGGACCCAGUUGCAGGUUGGUUUUCACCCAGCGAGGAGCAACGUCGAGAGGUCUCUCUCCAGUGGGCAGACAUGGGUUAGAACAUGCAGCCCGCCUCCCAAAGAGGUUGUCUUCUCUUAAAGGAAAAGCAGCAGCUCGGCUGUCUGUAACUUGCAUUCAACUUGAACACAAACUCAAGGAUCAAUACAGGUUCAAACUGGUCUAGAAAGGGUCAAACACGGCUGCAGAAAAGAAGCCCUGCUGAAGCCCAACAUAGCCAACAAUAAGGAGCACUCCUCUUAUACAAUAAAGCACAGAUCACACAUGACCACUCCCACUGACUUGAAGAACAGGACACGAUCUUUGUGAGCUUCAAGCAGAACCGUAUGAAGCUUUGAUCAUGCUCAGCCUCUAGACACUAAAGCUGAGGAGCGGCAGCAGUCACCAUGAUCGACCUGAGUUUCCUGACGGAGGAGGAGCAGGAGACCAUCCGAACCGUGUUGAAAAGAGACGCUAAGCUGAAGAAGGCUGAGGAGCAGCGUGUCCAGAACCUCCAGAAGACGGUGAGUGACGAGGGCCGGCUGAAGUACAUGACUGGAGAAUGGUUCUACGAGACCAAGCAGCUGCGACAUCAGGAUCGCAUCCAUGGCUCCGAGAUCAUCAGGGCCUCCAUGAGACACUCAUAUAAACCACUGACGAUAUUGGAGCUCUCCCAGAUAUUGCCUGAGAAGCCCAGUUUUGUCAGCAGUGAGAACAAAGAAGUGUUCGUCCCACCUGCACUCAGUGGAAUCCUUCAGCAGCCCCAUACGCAGCUCAGCGCUGGAAGGUAUGAAAACCAGAAGCCACGUGAAACACCACAAGAUGCACAUAAACCAGUUUUACAGUCACCCACAAAGCAAAGACAAAAUCCAUUCAACAGUGACGUGAUUGCGAGUCACAGUUUUGAAAACAAGGACAGACAGUUAUUGGACGUAGCAGUGGAUCAAACCCUGACACAGAACAAGGAGCCUUUACCAUCAUCUGAUAGCUGCAUUUCUUAUGCAAGUAACCUUAAACAAGAACCUAAUGAUAGCCCGAUCACCCAGAAUGCAUCUAUGCCCAUGCCAAUGCCUGUAAACAUCAGCAGUUCUCAUGACUCCUUUGUGGAGGAAGACAGGCCAGGAGGUCAGCAGACUAACUCGACUGCUCCGCGGGGCAUCCUCAAGCACUUGUCCACUUCUAGCAACACAGACUCCUUGUUCUCUUGCCUGGACUUGCAGAGUCCAGUUAGCCUUGAUUCUCCCACUCCCACUGAGAGCUGGAUAGACAGGAAGCAGGUGCGGUUCAGCUCCAAAGCCGGUCAGAGUGGAGUGGAGUGGCAAGAUGGGAUGGAACUGGGAGAGAACGGUUUACUGGACGUCAACCCCAUCACUCCUUCUGAGGCGGAAAAUAAUAAUGAUCUUGAGGAUACUGGCAGGGCCCCUGUUGGUAUACGUGGGCCUGUAUUCAAUCAGAGUAAGGUGGAUUCACAGGAAGGUGAACUCAAUGGCAAAUAUGAGUCAAACCUCCAAGAGCAGGAGGCUGGCGAACACCUUGGUGAUGUCUCGGAGCACUUUCAUCCAGAUAUCCUAAGCCUUCCAAUGUCUGGACUCAUUUCUGAUGACCAGGAGUCAGGUAAGCUGGAGACAGAGUCUGAAGAGGACCGUCACUCUCAGACUACCUCCACAGGUCGGCCAACUGGACACGACAUUCAUCACCAAAAACUGCCUGAAGAAAGAACUGAGGUCUCUUUUGAGGCCCCCUCAAAUGCCAAGCCGUUUAAGGGUGGCUCAGAGGGAUCAGCUGAUGCUGUUUCACCAAAGCCUCAACAAAGACUGCUUGGAAUUUUUAAAAGAGAGAAAGAGAAAACUGCUGAAGUCCAGAGUCCAGUACAGAGUCCACAAAAAGAAGAGGUGAAGAUACCUGAGCAGAAAGAACCAGAUAACACCCAGAAUCUCUCUCAAGGGGCGGCAGAUAGGACCACGGACAAACCUGCAAGUGUCAAACAAGAAGCUAAACCCUCUGAGAUGACAGAGGUCAGAACACUACAAUUUACGUCACUGCAGAAUACACCGUUUAAAGAAACGGUGACCUUAGUAGAUAAAGACACUCAACAGGGGGCAACAGAAGAUAGAGUGGUUCAGCUUCCAGAGAGACUAUCCAAUCUGAAAGCUUUCUGGGAGAGAGAAAACAGUGGUCCCAAAAUAAUAUUUACCAAAGAAGAGACCAGCCGAAAAGACAUCUCCAAGAGUGGAGUAGAAGCUCCACAUGGCUGCCAGACUAACUCUGAUGUGGUAAGCAUAAACAAAAAUCUCUCAACUCAAAUGGAAAUGACAAUUGAGGACACUGAUGUCAGGUCACCACUGACUGACUGUAGCUUCUUUGUAAAUGUAUCUCAAGAAGAUGGCACUUAUAGAGCUAAUCCAGUCCUCAUAUAUGAAGAGACAGAUGACUCUUUAACAGGUUCAGUGAUAGAGUCACAGAUUUCUGAGCCACAGGGUAACGUCAUCAUUCCUGUACCUUCCUGUGUAGCCUUCAACACUCAAAAGCGAGAGAAGGAUACUCCAGUUUCCCUUCCCAGGCAGUCCAGUUCCAGUCAUCAAAGCGACAGGCCAGCCAAGAUCAGUGAGGCAAAACAUUUCUGGGAAAGAGAGUACACAGGACCCAGGGUAAUCGCUGCAAGAGUCAAGGAAGCCUCACACAGUUCAAUACUCAGUAACAAAGAGGUUUCUCCACAGUCUGAUCUGAGAACAUUGGAUAAGAGAGAGAAGUCUGAGGAAGAGGCACAGGUGUCUCUGUACAAAACCAAGUCUAACGUUGUCUUGAAACCAUCAAAAGUGACAGACAAAUGUUUUGUCAGUUCUGGUAGUACUGGCGUACAGUCAGCAUGUCACCAAUAUCAAGUCAAGGCUGAUAAUGAGUAUCAAGAAAGGCCCCUCAGUCCUAGACGAUCCCAAACUCCAAGAUCAAAAGACCAGGAUGACGAAGUCAGGAGGAGUCCAUCUAAGACCUGCCAUCCAAGGGUUCUGCCAAGAGAAUCCUCCAGUCCUAAGAGAUCCAAGCUGGAAGGCCCCCCCUUAAAAACUUUUCCAAUAGACAUAGACCCCCAAGCUAAGGUCGUUGAAGAGCAACAAUGGAAGCCAACACCAGUUCCAAGACAGAAGAAGAGUCCCGCACAUGAGGCAAAGCAGACAGUGCUGACUGACACUAAACCUAGCAUAAGUAUCACCCUUCAUCCUCUCCUUUCACAUCUAGAGGACACAGGGGCUUACCUUGGUAAUGUGACGACACAACAAAGUAGUUCAAGCUCCUCUACUUCACCACAAUCCAAAAAAGCCUCAAAGAAGAAGUUGAUUAGCUUUCCACGCCUCGCCAGAUCUUUCAUCCCUGAGGAUUAUCAGCACUACCUUGGGCCGAAGGAGAAGUCCCAUGUCCCUCUUUUUCACAAAGAAAGAGCUGUUGUGGCAGAUAAUUAUGCCUUACACACGCCGCAAAAUGCCCCCAGAGACUUGGUGGGAAACCAGAGUGACAGUCCCACUGAGGGGAAUCCUUGCAGCAUCAAUUCUUGGACUGUACAAAAUAAGGAUGGAAACUCCAGCCAAAACACAACGACCAGGGCCUGGUCUUUGUCUCGGGCAAGUUCAGGCAGUUAUGAUGACAGUUCUAGUCCCAUCUUUUCAGCCCUUAAACGAUUGUCUUCAAGGAGCACAUCUUCAUCCAAGAGCCUGGAGAACCUCACAUCACAAACUAGAGAAGAGAGGACUCAAAAAACCUCCAGAGAACAGAUGAAUCAAAGUGUGGAUAAUGCCUCUACUCUCUCCAGCUCAAAGCAGAUGAAAUCCAGUGUGUCCAUGACUGUUCUUCAGCAGGACGAGGAUGAAAGUGACAGCACUUUGGAGACCAACUUGGGCUGGAGAAGGAACACGGGCAGCUCCACAUCCAACUUAAGUCUCUCCUCGGGAUUGGCCUCCAUAUCGUCUGUCAGUGGCAGCAUCAGCAGCCUUUACUUUGGAGACAUUGAAGUCCAGGGAAGCAUCCAGUUAGCUGUGAACUACAUACAGAAGCUUGGAGAGUUUCACAUAUUUGUGGUGCACUGCAGGGAUUUGGCCGUGGCCGACAUGAAGAAUAACUGCUCUGACCCGUAUGUGAAAUGUUACCUUCUCUCUGAAAAGACAAAGUUGGGAAAGAGAAAAACCACUGUAAAAAAGAAAACUUUGAACCCCACCUACAAUGAAAUCCUCAGGUUUAAAAUCAUAAUGGAAGUGUUGAAAACUCAGUCUUUGAACAUCUCGGUGUGGCAAAACAACACUUUUGGGCGGAAUAGUUUCCUGGGCGAGGUGGACCUGGAUAUGUCUGAGUGGGACUUCAGCAACACACACAUAAAUGAAUACGCACUGAAGGCCAGGUUCUCAGGACAAAGUCCAACAGCGUCUCCCUCACAUCUGAUGGACAGCAGAGGACAAAUGAGAGUCGCCCUGAGAUUCCUGCCGCAGACAUCCCGCAGUAAGAGAACAUCUAGGAUGGAGACUGGUGAGGUACAAAUUUGGGUGAAAGACUGCAAGAAUCUUCCUCCAGUCAGAGGAGUUUUUAUCGACCCGUUUGUGAAAUGCACCGUGCUUCCUGACACGAGUCGGAAAAGCCGACAGAAGACACGGGUGGUGAAGAGGACGGCCAACCCAAUGUUCAACCACACCAUGGUGUACGAUGGCUUCCGAUCAGAGGACCUCAGAGAGGCCUGUGUGGAGAUAACAGUGUGGGACCAUGACCGACUGAGCAGCCAUUACAUUGGUGGCCUGAGGCUUGGUUUAGGGACAGGGAAGAGUUACGGGGUGGAAGUGGCCUGGAUGGAUUCAACAACAGAUGAAGCUCAUUUAUGGCAGAGGAUGUUACAGUCUGAUGGUGAAUGGGUGGAAGAUGCUUUACCUCUGAGAACGUUGGUAAUGGCAAAAAGCAUGUCAAAGUGAGAUUGUACACAAAGUGUACAAACUUUAUGGGAGCACACUGCAUGCCCAUUUGGAUAAAUCUAUUAACUAUAGUCUACACUGAGUGGAAGCAGCUGUCUGAGUGAACAAUGUGUAUGGAUAUGUAUAAUUGAAGAUCAUGUAUGAUAAGUAAAUACACACAAGGUACUUUAAUUUGUUUAGCCAAAACCACGUGUUAAAUUUGUCAAUUUAAAAAUAGUUAAUUAUUUAUAAUACAAUGUAAGUUAUGCAACAUAUAAAUUGUUUUGAUCUGAGCACUAAUUAGUUGUAUACAGUGUUGUUCAAGCUAUCCUAUCUUCAAUAAACAGUAUAUUAAUGGGACUUGUGAUUUUGUG